AUGACAGCACGAACAGUCAGCGUGAUUCGUGUGAACCCCGAACUAUCGAAGCACAUUGAAACAGCAACAGUGUGUGUGUAUGAUACCCCAAUAGAGUUCUGCGCACUUAGGCACGAUGAGUACACCAGGUCGGAUUCACGCAUUCCGGUUGUCCGACCAGCUACCACAGUAGAGGAUGCCUUACGGCGUGAUUACACCGUCAAUGCGCUCUUCUAUAAUCUCCAUACUAAGGAAGUGGAGGACUACACUACAGGGUUGGAGGAUUUGGACCGCCGCAUUCUUCGCUGCCCAUUGGACCCGAAGGAAACACUCACUGAUGAUCCCCUGCGAUUGCUCCGCGGCGUUCGAUUCGUCGGUCAGUUAGGUGAGUUGGGGUUUGUGUUGGAUGAGUCAAUUUUUCGUUGUGUAGACAAAGAGUUGUUGAAAAAGGUGACCUUGAAGGUUUCAAGGGAACGUGUGGGGAAAGAGUUGGUGAAAAUGCUUUCAGGACCAUUCGCAGAGAAGUGCAUUGAAACACUUCACGAACUAAACCUCCUUCGGGAGGUCAUUUUAGUGGAGCUCCAUCUCAAAAGCAGUAAAAAGGGAUGUGUUACUGCCGAGGUGGAGCGAACGGAACACCUGGCCUACAACGGUGAGGCGGGCUCUACUGGCCUUGAGUGCCUCUUGUCAUUGAACCGAACAUUGGUCCCCCUUUUCUCAAGGAGUGGUUCGAAAGUGCAACUUUCACCAGAUUCACCGGACAAGCUGAUUGCAAUGAUUUUCAUUAGCUGUUUGGGCUUUUAUCGGGGAGUUUCUCAAAGCCAGAUUGAGGACCGCCUGUACGCUUUAUGUGUAAACGGAUUGAAACUGCCAGUGUCGUCCUACAACACCGUUCGGCGGAUGAUAGAGUGUUAUAACACCCUAAAGAGGGAGGGACUGAAUGUAUGUGAAAUUUCCGACGGCGAAGUUACAACGGCAGCGAAGCUCGCGAUAUUUAAGGGAUUAAACGACCUUAAUGACAAGAAGACAAUUCCAUCAGCAUUUAACAUAGUCUUUGCAGCCUUUAUCCUUAUUGAGCAUCGUUGUGAUCUACUGGCCGGCGGUGACGUUGAGGGUUCGGGGUGUGUUGUUGACCGCCUGCUGUUGGCUCUAGAGCAGGUACCCGGACUCCUUGACGCCUUCUCACGGCCGCUGCCUCUGAGGGGAAACGAACUGGCAAAACUGGUUCCACUUGAACCACCGCAAAUAGGGCCUGCGCUUCUCGCCCUGCGUCAGUACCUCAUGUUGCAUCCUCAGGCUUCGAAGGAUGAUAUGAUUCAUUGGUUAAGACAGGGAGGUUCCUCCUAA